AUGAAGAGAGUUUGUUGGCCUUAUUAUGAUCCUGAUUUUGAUACCCUUACAGAGAGAAUAAAUGGCCCAGCCUGCAUAGUUACAAUUGACAAUGAGAGCUUAGAAGAUUGCACUAUUGUUAAGAUUGACAGCAUAAACAAACAAGGUCUCCUUCUGGAGGUGGUGCAAGUGUUGACAGAUAUGAACCUCACUAUAUCGAAAAGCUAUGUAUCGUCUGAUGCAGGGUGGUUCAUGGAUGUUUUCCACCUUAAAAAUGAGCUUGGAAGCAAAAUUACUGAUCAAAGAAUUAUAAACUGUAUCCAGCAGGCUAUUGGUGCUAAUAGGGACACUACUUUGAAGUCAAAGGCCAGAAACAGCUCAGAGCCUCAUCCUGGUAGGCCUAAAGCAAUUGAAAUGACUGGAACAGACAGGCCCGGUUUGUUAUCGGAGAUAUCAGCAGCCUUGGCUGAUCUCCAUUGCAACAUUGUUGAAGCGCAUGCUUGGAGCCACAAUGCACGCUUGGCAUGUGUUGCUUACAUUUCAGAUCAAUCCAUGGAAACCCCAAUUGAUGAUCACCGGCUCCAUGCCAUUGAAGAUCACCUGACAACUGUCCUCAGAGCCAACACUACCUGGGACGAAAAUGCCAGCCAGCAAGAAGUGAAGCCUGCUGGCAUUCCUAUGGAGAAGUUAGGCAUCAUGACUAACGUAGAACGACGCUUGCACCAACUCAUGCUAUCUGUUAAGGACUUUGAUGGGCCUUCGCAGGCUGUGACUGCAAAUUCAAUAACUAUGGGAUCAGAUAGCGAAGAAGAGGAGAUAAAAAAGGCAAGUGUAUCAAUUGAGAGUUGUAAUGAGAAAGGAUAUUCAAUUGCUACCAUCCAAUGCAAGGACCGAAGAAAGCUUAUGUUUGAUACUGUAUGCACACUUACAGAUAUGCAGUAUGUGAUUUUUCAUGCCUCCAUAGAUUCUCGUGGAGGUUGUGCAUAUCAGGAGUACUUUAUAAGACACAUCGAUGGAUGCACUCUAAACAGAGAAAGUGAGAAGGAAAGAGUUAUUAAAUGCUUGGAAGCUGCCAUAGAACGCAGGGUUUGUGAGGGUGUUCGCUUAGAAUUAUGCGCGUACAACAGAGUGGGGUUGCUCUCGGAUAUAACACGUGUUCUCAGGGAAAACGGCCUAGCAGUAGUCAGAGCAGAUACAGUGACGCACGGGGAGAAGGCGGUGAAUGCUUUCUACGUGAGGGAUAUUUCAGGUAAUAAUGUGGACAUGAACUUCAUAAAGUCGAUGAAGAGAGAAAUGGGUGCAAUAGAUCUUGCAGUGAAAGAUGAAACAACAAUUAUUCGUCCAACCUCAUCUGGAAGAUCUAAUUUUUCAAUCGGCUAUAUCUUGAAGUCUCAGAUCGAACGCUUCUCCCACAACUUCAUUGCAAUUUAA